AUGUUGAGUGAAGAUGUAUUUUGUGAAGAUAUGUUCCGGGAAAUCUUGUCAAAGCUUCCUGUGAAAUCUCUUAUGCGAUUCAUGUGUGUGAGCAAGUAUUUUCAAUCUCUGAUCUUGGAUCCACAUUUCGUGACAAUGCAUUUUCAAAACUCACGCAAAAACACCAAAUUCUUGUCAAGAUACCUAAAUGAACGUAAAAUUCCCUGCUUUAUCAUUCCCUCACCUAUCCAUUCUUUGCUUGAAGAUUCAACACCUUUUUAUGCCGAUGAUAUUACCCAUGGAUCUAACCUUGAGAGGAACAAGUAUCAGGUUAUUGGUUCAUGUAAUGGUUUGGUCUGUUUGGCUAUAUGGAAGAACAGAAAGGGACCAAGCAUGUUUCACUUACUGAACCCCGCCACAAAAAAGCUAUUAACAUGUUCUCAUUCUUCCUUAAAACUUGCUAAGGAAGAAAUAGUUGUUAUGUUAGGGUUUGGCUAUGAUGAUUCAAGGCAUACAUACAAAGUGGUAGAAAUAGUUAGGCAUAUGAAUUUCGAAUAUGGUCAUCCUUUUAGAUCCAUAGUUUGCAGCCUGAAUGAAGGGAGUGGUUGGAGAGACAUUCAAAAUUUUCCUGCUAAUCCUACUACAGUGGAGGGUGAAGGAAUAUACCUUAACAACACUCUUAACUGGUUAGGGAUGCCAAAUUAUAAUUAUUAUAACUAUGAUGACCUUGAUAUUUCAUUUGAUGAAGUGGUGAUCGCUUCACUUGAUCUUGAGACUGAGACCUACACAAAGAUGUCGCUUCCUCACGAACUUGAUGGGGUGUUCAUAGGAGAUUUCUGCUUUCCUUGUGGUCAACUCCAUUGCAAUGAUGCUCCAUUUAUUGGAAUUUUGGGUGGUUGUUUAAGUCUUUUUCUUCGUAACCGCACGACAGAAUAUCUAAGCAUAUGGCAGAUGAAGGAGUUUGGGAAUCAAAGAUCUUGGACUCUAUUGUUGAACACAUCUCUUCAAGAUCUUGGAGUUCAUCAUACCAUACGAUUACCUACGAAUUCCCGUUACCAUUAUUACCUACAGAGGAUUUUAAUACAAAAUCAACACUUUUGGUCUGAUGAUAACAAUUUGAUACCUCUGUGCAUGAUCGAGAAUGAUCGUGACAUCGUGAUCAUUCAAACUUCAUUUCAAGGUCGUGUGAAAAUACUAAUUUAUAAUUUGAUAGAUAAGACAGUGACUUCCAAAAAGAUGAUUGACACCUUAAGUUGGAUUUAUCCUUUUGAUCACGUUGAAAGCUUGGUUUCCGUUGCUGCUUCCUCGCGAACCUAA